GGUAAUUUUGGUGUGGGGAAACCCGAAGAAGAAGAACUAUAUAGAUCCUGCACGCUCUCCAUCUGGUCUGGUAAUACAGCAUUUGAUGAUCAUCUGUGGCACACAAUAUCAAUUCAAAAUGUCAACUUCCAAAUACCGAUACCCAGAACAUGAGCCGCCCAUGCCUCAACUUUGUCGUGGCAAGAGCCGCUUUCCUUCAUUCUACGACACAACCAUCAAGGCAGGUACCGCAACACUCCAAGAGCGGGUACAAAUGGGUACAAGAUCCAGCUACCGCAGAACUUCACUACGGAAUUGCCUCUUCCAGCCCCACUAUUCACCUCACAUCAUCUCACUGGACCUCACUGACACAAGCAGGUAUUGAAUCGGGUAUUGGAAAGACGAAUCGCCGGCCUUUCUGGAGCAUUACCAGUUUGACUGGAUCACAUUGAAUGUACUGAGUGGAAGGGCUAAGACAGAAGCCCAAGUGCAUCGAUAUGAUCAUAUCUUGGCAAAGGUUUGCAGGAGAACUCGUUCCGUCGUCAAGAUCCGGGUGCCAAACUCAAAGCAGUUUUGACACUGACAGUUCCGUCAGAGCUGUGUGAGUGGGGAGGCUUGCCCGCCAAUGUUCAAUCCAACUGCCAGCGUCGGUCAGGGCUUUGUCGCUCCUGAGCCUCUGCAAGUGCCACCCGAUGCAGUGUGGCAUCCGGAGAGCCAGGAGUAUGAGGUCAUGCAGGCAAAUCAGCUGUUCACAGCAGGCCAUGAAGGAGGCAAAGCUGACGCUCAGGCAGCAAAGCUGAAGUCUUCCAGAUUCAAGUCCAGCAGCCCCAGCUGGCGCUUGUGCUGUGCUGGUUCCUGGCGGCCGCCUGCGGCCAGGCGGAUUUUUAGGUUUGCACCAAGCGACAAGCUGGCAAACUGCUUUGAUUGCUGAA